AUGGAACGUUCACCAUAUCGAAAAAUGUUACGUGGCUGUCACCUCUUAUACUGUACAUAUACUGAAUACUGGUAUACUGGUAUAUUGAAUACUGGUAUAUUAAAUACUGGUGUACUGAGUACUGGUAUACUGGAUACUGGUAUACUGAAUAUUGGUGUACUGGAUACUGAUGUACUAGAUAUGGGUCUACUGGAUCCUGACAUACUGGAUGCUGGUAUACUGAAUAUUGGUGUACUGGAUACUGAUGUACAGGAUACUGGUAUACUGAAUAUUGGUGUACUGGAUAUUGAUGUACAGGAUACUGGUAUACUGAAUAUUGGUGUACUGGAUACUGAUGUACAGGAUACUGGUAUACUGAAUAUUGGUGUACUGGAUAUUGAUGUACAGGAUACUGGUAUACUGAAUAUUGGUGUACUGGAUACUGAUGUACAGGAUACUGGUAUACUGAAUAUUGGUGUACUGGAUACUGAUGUACAGGAUACUGGUAUACUGAAUAUUGGUGUACUGGAUACUGAUGAUGUUGAUAUAUUGGAUACUUGUAUAAUGGAUACUGAUAUACUCGAUACUUCUAUACUGGAUACUUCUAUACUGGAUACUGGUAUACUGGAUACUGAUUUACUAAGUACUGGUAUACAGGUUAAUGGUAGCUAA